AUGAGCAUGCCACUGCGGUGUUCCAUAUUAGUGCUGGAAGUCCCGAAUUACUACUGCAGAACUAGCCACCAGCAGCAGCAGCAGCAGCAGCACCAGCAUCCACACCCGCGCCCGGACCAGCCACUCACAACGGCCGUUUUGCUUGUCUCCCCGUCACCUGCAGAAUCCUCACUCGCUUCAAUUCCACUCGAUCGCGUCUGCGUCUGCACCUGCGUCUAUCUUUGUAAUACCCGACCACAACGCCAACCUUCAUCGCAAAAGUCGAAUUUGCCGUCCAAGGCCCAGUACAAUAAAUCCGGCCGUCAAGGCGGCCAUUUCUCCUUCUCAUCUCAAACGGCUUCGCACGCAGACACUCGUUCUGCGAACCCGUUACCGGCCGCCCUAGAUGUACAGCAGUCCAAUGCCCCUGUCAAUUCGCCAUCUCAGCCAUCUCAGCAGCCUGAACAUCCCACCGUUACGGUCCCAGAUCCUGCCGUAGUCACCACACAACAGCGACAAUCAACUAAUCCCCGAAGGAACUUACUGGCCACAGGGCCCCCCGGACCCUUCGAUCGCAUCCAUCAAUCGCCUUUCCAUAAUCGUGUAGCCGCCUCUACUUCUGCCCCAUUUUAUAGUCUACCGCGUCGAUUUGGCCCUGGUCGUCUUUGGAAUCCUACUAAUUCGACUCCAAGAGUUCCUCCAUCUCGAACGCCUCGACCCCCUCGGCAGUCCCGCAAACGCCGUCCAUCCACCCCGCCUCCCCCUUCCGUGCCCGUAAACCAUCCUACUAUUGAAGUUUCAUCAGACCCAUCUGAGCCUAUUGGUUUUGGAGCAGGCGACUAUCCUCUCCUUCCACUUCCAGAUAAAUCAACACGGACCAGUCCACAUCUCGAGGGUAGAACCAGUUUUGAUAAAAGGAUAAGCCUUCCUCUUUCGCUCCGGCACUCCUACGACGGCAAGCGCAUUUCCAAUCCUCCACAGGAGACCGAGGCUGGACCGUCGGAACUCAAACCCAAGGCCGAAAGGGCCAAAUUCACUGGUUUGAGGAAGCGCGGUCAAAGUGUUACCAAGCGAGCACGAGCCAUAAGCUUUGGGCUUGUCCGACCCGAUACGUCCGAAAGCUCCAAUCAGAAGCUCGACAAGGGAAAGGGAAAGGCCACCAUGCCCCCGAUGGGAAUUGAUGAUUCCAAGAGGUCAUUCUCUAAAGACCUAGAAAGAGGACCCUCAGUUCUAGGUCUCCGGCAUAAUGGAUCAAAUGUGUCACUCCCGCCCGGCAUGAUCUCGGGCAUAUCCUCCAGCAAUUCUUCUAUUCUGGGUGACCCCGAUCAACCAGAUCUAGGCGAAGAAUGGGGACCUCAACAUCCGUGCUAUCCACAUUUAAAUCCCCACGUACCCAUCAAUUCUCCGGAAUAUGCGAGUACGCGGAUUAUACGCAUCCGAAGAGAUUGGCUAGUAGAAGGGGACUUGGCGCCUACCUUCUCGAAUCUCUAUCCGGAAAUUCUAGACCCGGCGGGUGUAUCAGAGCAGGAGUUCCGUCGGGUCAUCGAAAAGCUCAAUGGGGAGCUCGUACCUAUCUUCAGCCCCUAUAACUGGAGAAAUAUACUCGAUGGCGUAUUAGGCUUGCUUACGGGUUGGAUAUGGGACGACUUAGGCCUUACACAUACCAAGAUGAGAUUGCGUCAGUUGGAGGAUUGGAUCGACAAAUGGAACAUGGAGAUGGAGAAGGCAGUAGGCUCAGACGAGAGUACAAUUGCUCCCAAAAUCAUCUCUUUAAGACGUACGGGAUAUAUGAAUCUCGACUUUCAAAUUCCUGAUCCAGAGAUAGCACCUGCUUCAACCGAGGCGUCGGGGUCAAGGUCCGGCCCAAAUUUACCAGUCGAACCUCAGCCAGCUGUAUUACAUGUACCACCCAUCGAGGCAUAACAGCAACAUCUCAUUCUUCAUUAAACCCACUGUACAAACUCGUUUUCACUUCAUACCUUAUUUAAUCGGACUCGGCCCGUCGCGGCCUGUACGAAUCACGAAGAUACCCAAGCAUACCU